AUGUCCACUUCAUCACAUCAGUCUACAAAAACCACUAGCGGUCUCCUCACGUUUGGUCAUUCGUACUACAUAACCAACAACAGAGGGGAAUUGAUAUCAAACGCAGCAUCAUUCACAAAUGGAGGCAUUGAGCCCGCUGGAAACAAUGGUAGAACGUUAAGCAAGUUGAUGGUGUUGCUUUUCAUGAUUUCCAACUUUGUCGCCGGUAUUGCGACAUCAAAUUUGAAGGACAAUUUGGUGUGUGUCGGCGCCAGAGAGGUGGUAGAACCAUUGCAACAUGUUACUUCUGACGGACAGCUCUGGUACACUUUUGAUAAAGAGGAUUAUGCGUUAGAUUAUGUUGAAUCGUUGUACUUGAAUGGCACGUCAUUAAGGGAUGCACCAUUAGGAACACAUUUUACACAGAGACGAGUGGCUGAUAGUGAGAUAAGGUAUACUGGAUGGACAAAGGGUGAAUGUAACUUUAACAAAGAUAACAAAGAGGUUAAAAAAGAAUUCAUAUGGCAGAGCUCUACCAAUGCAAAUUUGAGCCACGGUUUUGACUUUAAACUUGCUCUAAAAUUUGCCAGUUCUAUGGGUGUUAAAAUUGCCAAAAGCGACAAUCGAAGUAGAUCUCUGGCCAGCAAUAUUGGAGCAAACGAUGUUGUUUCAAUUUGGACUCAAGCACCUAUGUGGUAUUGUGAACAACAAACGCAAAAAUACGUGAGAAAGUAUUAUGGGAAACAUGGAUGCAAAUGCAGCGCGUGGUCUGCAAAUAUACAUGGUGAUAUUCCUGCAAUAAACAAGCAGGUUAACCUUGGUUUUAAUUCUGGAACUGAUGCUCAGUGUUUGUGA